ACAAUUGAAGAAACACAGGGAAAAAAACAACUGACCUUGUCAGUUUUUAUCUAGCUCAGCUGUGAGCAACAACGUAUACAGAAAAAAUUUCUGUUUUUUCUAGUUUUAGUUUCGUUUGCAUCGCUUCCGGGAUCAAGUUUGCUCAAAAAAUCUUCAUUUGCUGCAUUUAACGCAUUUCUUCCGCAACAUGUUACUGCAAAAAUUGGGUAAAAAUCUGCUGAAAAACUGCGGGCGGUAUGAAAAUUUGCGAAAAUUGGUGCUCGUACGUACGUUUACGGAACAAAAAAUGUCGGUCAACGGGCAUGACGUGACUUAUGUGAAGACGGGCAAGGACAUCAGUGUCGAUAAUUUGAUUUUAUUGCCCGGUGCUUUGGGAUCUCCAUUGUCCGACUUCAAACCGCAAUUGGAAAAGUUACCAGAAUUGCUCCCCAACUACACAAUUAUCGGUUUCACGCCACCCGGAUACGGCAAAAACGCCUCCGAGAAACGCCAAUUUGGCCUUGACUUCUUCGAACGUGAUGCCUUAGCUGCCCUCACGCUCAUGCAGCAACUGGAAAUCAACAAAUUCGACGUUCUCGGAUGGAGCGAUGGCGGUAUCACGGGUAUGGUACUUGCGGGCUUUCAUAGUUUCAAUGUGCGUCGUCUCGUUGUUUGGGGCGCCAAUGCUUAUAUCCAUCCCGAUGAGCUGAAAAUCUACGAAAGUAUCCGCGAUGUCAGUAAAUGGUCGGAAAAAAUGCGAAAACCCAUGGAAGAAAUGUACGGCAAAGACGGUUUUCCGCGUUUAUGGGGCGAAUGGGUAGAUGCCAUUUGUCGUUUCUACAAGGAACGCGACGGAAAUAUCUGCAAGGAGCAUUUAGAAGGUAUCACGGCACCAACGUUGAUCGUUCAUGGCGCCAAAGAUCCCAUGAUAGUGCCCGAACACGUGCCCUACUUGCUCAAUCACAUCGAAAAUUCGGAACUUUUUGUCUUUGAGGAGGGCAAACAUAACGUGCAUUUGCGCUUUGCCGAGGAAUUUAACAAACUUGUCGCGGAAUUCUUGCAACGGGAUAUGGCAAAGGUAUCUCAGAGUCACGCGAAGAAAAAUUGAAGCUGUGAAAUGGAGAUUUUUAAGUGUUUUACAUGUUGAUAUUGCAAUACCCAUACAGGAAAAGUAAUAAAAUUAUUCUCAUUUUUAACAAAAAAUCGCUUAUCGAUUAAA